GGUCCUGGCGGAAGUUCGCGUCACCUGGCUAGGGGCAGGUUUCCUCUGAGGGACGCCCGGUAUCUCGCCGAAAAAUAAAACAUAAUUCUUACCCCUUCUUAGCUAACCCCUAAUCUCCCAGCAGCCACUGCGCCGCUUCCGGUUCGCCUCAGAAGCGAGAAGGCGGGACUUCGGCAGGAGCGGCAAUGGCGGCGGCCACAGCUGGAGGCGUUGGUGUGGCGCUGCAGGCGGCCGAGGUCCUGGAGAGCAUCCUGAGCGGCUCCGUGGGGCCCGAGGGGCGGCAGGUGUUAUGCACGAAGCCCACGGGCGACGUGUUGUUCAGCCGAGAUGGGGGCCGCCUCCUGGAGGCGCUAAACGUAGAGCAUCCCGUGGCCAGGUAGGGGCCCCACUCCCGCUCCUGCCGUCAGUUAAUUCCGUCAACAUUUAUUAAGCACCUGGUGCGUGCCGGGCAUUGUGCUCACUAAAUCCCUACAGUACCUGUAAGGAAGAGUAAGCCCCUGCUCUCCUAGAAUUUACAAUCUCACGGGGAGAGAAAGGCUUGAAAAAAAGCGCUUACUGUGAGCCACGCGCAGAGACACCUUUAGAAAAGGCAGUUUUUGCCCCCGAGGAGACCUUCCCGAGACCGGGAUUUAUACAGCACAUACAACGUAGAUAUAAAGUGACUAAAUAAACUUAUAGACAGAAUAGUUUGAGCAGCCCCUGCCUACAACAAGUCAUUACAGCAUCUACAGCAUUUCCACCAUUUCCACCUUUCUCUUAAAAAGAAAUAAGGGCCUUUUGUCCCAGUUGGGCAGUACAGCUUCCCUCAGAGAUGCUCAGAUGAAACAAACCUUUGAGCCCCUCCUUUCAGUUUUGCAGUGAAAUCUCAUUCGUGAGAAUCUUUUAAAAAGCAGCCAACGGGACAUUUAUUUUAUUUGUUUUUUGCGGUGAAGGGGUGAGAAAAAAAUUUUUUCUUCUAAAAAAAAAUUUAAGCAGGUUAAAAAAAAUGCGAAGCAACUGUGGUGGCCAUUGAAAUAAUAAGAUCACAGUUUCAGUCAACUGUCACAAACUUUUAUUAUACUAAGCAAUGAGCACACACCAAAGCAUUGAGACAUCCCUUUUCCUCAAGGAGCUUACAUUUUGGGAAAGACCAGGCGCUGAUAAGCUAGAGACAAAACAAAUACAAAGUAGUACUGGGGGAGGAAGGAAGGACAGUGACAGAGCACCUCCUUGCCUCCAGAAAGCAGGCACAACAGGAUGAUAGUGACUUGUGUUUCCAUGAAUCAGAAUGUGACUGGAGAUGGUGCUAAAACGUUCAUUAUCCUUCUUUGUGAUUUACUCCGAGGACUUAAGGCAUUCACAGAAAAAGAAAGGGGUUCUUUUGGGGGAAGCAUUCCAAGCCAAGAAAGACACUGGAAAAAUUGUUGCCAGUGGAAAUACAUUUCUCAAGCAAUUUUGACAUUUCAGGCACACAUAUUAGACUACAUUAUGACUCAGUACUUGAGAAAACACUUUUUGUCCAUCUUUUCUUUUUCUGGAGAAGAGAAAAAGGUUUGUAGGAGCUCACUAGAAUCACUGUUAGAUGCAUAUUUUUGUGGAAGAGUAGGAAGAAAUAAUCAGAAAUUUAUUUCCCAGUUAACUUGUGAUUAUUUUUAUAAAUGUUUGCAGCAUGAAGAUGGCAAGGAUGAAAUGAUUGAUUUAGUAGAUGAAUAUUUUCUGGAAUUAUGCACUGCUGUCACAGGACUUCCAGUUUCAAGUUCAAAGAUCAUAUCAGGUUUUGUUAUUCAUAGAGAUUUUUCUGUUUACUGCCCAGCAGAUGGUGAUAUGAGAAUAAUCAUUGUCACUGAACCCAUUCAGCCUGCACUUUCUACCUCUGGUUCUGAGCUGCUUAUAAAUUCAGAAGCACAGUUUCAGGCAUCUCACAUUUGGAUUACCGAAAAAACAAAAACCAUAAUGAAAGAUUUGCAAAGUAAGGGUAUAAAAUUGCUUUUGUCUAGUGUGAAGCAACAAGAAACAGUUAUUUAUUAUGCGAAGCAGAAUGGCAUUUCAGUGGUAGAAUAUAUACCAUCAGAGGAAAUUUCUCUCCUUUGUAGGAUCAUUUCUCUAUCGCCUUUUAUGCCAUCUUGGGCCACUUCAGUGUGUCACAUCUCUGACACUGCAUUAGUGACAUUUUGUCGACCCAUUUUGCUCAAUUCCAGAAGGUAUGUUCAUCUUGGCUUACUCAGCACACACUCUUUCAUACCUCACUGUUUAAUUCUUUGUGGACCGGUCCAAGGUCUCACUGACCAGCAUAUCCGUGCUUUUCAUGGAGCAUUUAAAGUACUCCGACAGGUCUUUAAGGUACUUUAUCUCAGUUACAAAGUGCAAAGAAGCAACCAAAAUGAGACUUCAAAUUCUAUUAAUUCUAAAGAGAAUAAACAGAGUCACCAUUUGAUAGAAGUUUAUAGAGCUUUGUUUGAAAAACAGCAUCUGGACUCUUUUUUAAUAAGUAAAGAUAAUCCAUCAAGAACUCAAUCUCAUUUAAGAGAUGCUCCAGAUUUGGUGCUAUCAAGUAUGGAAUCAAAGAAUGAUAUUCUGAGUACAACUCUAACACAGACACCCAAAAUUAAGGAGGAUUUUGAAUCCCUAUUAUGUUCUUAUCCCAACAAAAUUGGGAUUGUUGAUACCAAGGAACCACUUGUAGCUAUCAGCUGUAGUUGUAGUGGUGAUUCCUUGACAGAUAUUCCUGAUGAACAUUUAAGUGUCAUUGAACAGACUUGCAAAAUGAGCAGAACAACCAUAGACAUGAAAUCAAAGGAGGUACUUCAAGACCCUUCACAAAGUUACUGUACCUCCUUUAUACAGGCUGGCUCUGUUUUACCGGUCGGAGGUCACUUUGAGAUCUUAUUGCAUUAUUAUCUUCUUGAUUAUUCCAGACAGUGCCAAAAGCCAGAAGUAAGUAUGAUCAGUUCAUUAAUAGCUAAUGCACUGCUGAGCCUUCCAAAAACCCUUUAUAAAGCUAAGAGAGGAAGUAAAAGCUUUUGUCAUGUGUACUUAAGAACUAUGCAUGCUCUACAAGCUAAGCAGGGGGUGGCUGGGAGUCCAGCAGGCCUCGAAUCAGUAGCUUGUAAAUACCAGUUACUGACAUCAGUGCUUCACUGCCUGACAAAACUCUUAACCAUUGACUUGGUCAUCAGUAUUAAUAAACAGCCUCAAAAGACUGGUGAUGAAGAAACAGAAGAGGAUGGGUAAAAAUAGUUUUGUCCUCAGUGGUUUUUUAAAUCUGACUCUGUCUAUAAAGGACAAGUGGAGAGUUGUCCCUCAGCCUUUUUCUGUUGGGCUCUGCAAGAUGAAACUACAAAGUUAGGGCCUAGAAUAUUGAAAAAUGCAAUAUGACUUUAAAAGCUUUUCACAUUAGUAUGGUCCCAAGCACCACAGUAGUUCUGUUUCUUUCUUUUUGUCUAUGUCUAUUUUUGCUAGUGUUAACUAUGCCAGAGGGAGAAGGUAGUAAGAGGGUUUAUCUGUCUCUUCCCUUCCUCUUUUCCAUUCCCUUUCUGUUUUUGUACAUUAACUGUCCAUAACAUAGAGCAGAAAUAGAUUUUUAUUUGUUGUACUUAUUAACUAACACACUAAAAUAUCAAACAAAUGUCAGGUUCUUUUUUGCAUCCUACCCUUAAUCAUAGUAGUUUCCACUACUAUUUGUUCCAUAGCUAUACUAAUAAAGAAUAAAUGUCACAUAAUUUUAUUGUGGUUCUAUUUAGAUUUUUGCUUCAUAGUUGCCAUCUAUUAUUUGACAGCCAUUGACUGACCCUACGUCAUGGAUGGGAAAAAAAUUAUUUAGAAAAUGUUUGCUUUAAAUUUUUUCUUGGAAACUAAUGGCUUUAAUCUGAAUAGAACAAAUAGCCUUGCCUAAACUGAUAUUGACAUCUGAAUAUUAAAAUAUUUUAAAUUGCAGUUACAAUGUUUAGAAAUGCCAAAUUGGGAUGCCUCUCUGCCAGGGACAGUCUACCUCUCUUUUCCCUAUCUACACCAUCUACAAUGUUUUGUACAGUAAGUGUUUAAUAAAUGUUUUUUGAAUGAGCGAGCCUCAUUUUCAAUCCA